UUUCCUUGAUGGAGUUGUCAAAACUCGAAAGAGAAGAAAAACGUACACAAUCACGACAGUGUUUCCUCAGCUACCAAUCUGUUUGAUAAGAAGGUGGAAUAACUUGUAUGUGAAGCAAAGAUCUGUCCACCAAGACAUCUGGGAGUGAGAGAAAGAGAAAGACAUCGGAUAAGGUCUUCGUCUAAGUUGUUUUGUUUUGUUUUAUGUUUUUUAAUAGUUUUAUGGUGCUUCUUUGGCUUGUUUCUAUAAGGUCCAACUGUUCUGUUUGUCCUCUUCAGCUGAGCACUGACUCAAACACCCCGCUCUUUCUCAGUCUCUGGAAAUAAAAGAUUAUCAUCAUCUCAUCAUCAUCAUCAUUUGGGAAUUCUCAGGAAAAUGAAGCAAGGAAUGUGUUGUUUUCUCAUUGUUGUUCUGCAGAUAAUAAGCUGGACUCAUGUAUCAACCAGGUCUUUAGCAAUAGCAUCUCAUGAUGUUUCUCCUCAUCCAGGUAUAGUUCCAGAGUUCCCGGGAGUUGCCUUUGAUUCUAAAAAGGGUGUUGAAAUUAGCAAGGGUGGAGUAGGUUAUGGGAGUGAAGAAACAUAUGGUAGUAGGAUGGUGGGAAGACUCGGAUCAAGGCCACCAAACUGCCAGCGCAAGUGUGGACGCUGCACUCCCUGUGUCGCCACUCAAAUUCCUGCAACUUCUGAGAAACUGGGAACUCAGUAUACCAAUUAUGAGCCUGAAGGAUGGAAAUGCAAAUGUGGCUCCACUUUCUUCAAUCCAUAAAUGCUGCUGGGGUCAAUCUCUAACCACCUUUUCCGCAGACUCCCUCUCUCUCUCUCUCGACAUGACCCCAUGUAUAGGAUACUCGAUUUGUCUUCAUCUUUCUCUUUCUUUGUUCCUUCUUCUUGGAGAAAAAAAAGGAAGAAAUUUUGGGGUCUGUUAAUCUUUUAAGUUAGUUACUGGAAUACAUGGAAAUGGUUUGAAAUUCAUGGUCAGUUUAUGUUAGUGGUAAUGUUGUUUCGUGCGGUCUUGUGGUGAAUGAAUGUAGCCAGCCAGCCGGCCAGCCAUGUGCUGCAAAUUUGCUUUUAACUUGCUUCUUGUGCUCACCAAAAUGGGAAAAUGAUGAGAAAGCUAUACAUCCUUUUCAUUUUCUUUUUAAAAAUUUCUGUGUCAUAAGCCUUUUAUAUAGCACUAUUAUUAAUGGCUUCAUCCUGUAACAAUAAUAAUCAAAUAAUAUACAUA